AUGCAGAAAGUAUUAGAAGUGGAUAUCGAAACAGAUAAAAACCGAGUAAAAGUAUCUAGAAUGAUGGAUUUCAAUAUACCCGAAAACUUAGUAUCUGGAAAUAUAGCAGAGAAUUUUAAGUUAUUCAAGGAUGAAGUUAUAGUAUUCUUUGAAGCAACGGAAACAAUAGACAAACCUCAAAAACACAUGUACCAAGAUUACUCAAUUUACUCGGCGUGGAGGUAAUGAAGUUAUGGAACAUUUCAAAUUCUUUAUCAGAUAACAGGUGAUUCGCGAAAAAAUCUAUAAAUACUAUGCUGAACUAAGAGUAUUGGUUAAAACAUGUAAUUUUGGGAUUAUUAAAAACACGUUAUUAAGAAUGCAAAUUGUAUUGGGAACAGCUAAUAAGGAACUGCAAACCAGAUUGUUGAGAGAAGAACUAACCUUGAUCAAAGUAAUUCAAUUAUGUCAAGCAGUAGAACAGCAAACUAUUGAGGUUGAUGUAGUGAAAUGA